AUGACGCGGUCCAUUGCACUACGUGAAGAGCUGCAGACGGACGACGUGCAACAGCUGUGGGCUCUCGCAUGUCUGUUGGCGCAGAGGAAGUUAGUAGUCCAGACCGCGCAGUGUCUAGAGCCUCUCUGUGCACUUGAUUGCAGCGCUCGAAGCGCCGAAGAGCAAGCAAUACUAGUGCAGGCAAAUUCGAUGUAUGCUGAGAUUUGUAGCGCAGCGUGCAGCAGAAGCAAGAAGGCUGCGGAUCGAGAGCUGUGGACACGUCGCAUUGUCCAGAUCGAGAAAUGUAUCGAUUCGGUUGACUCUGCGGUUGCUCGAGGUGUUCCUUGCAGUCAUGAGAGCCAGCUGCGGCUACUGAAGGCGAAGUUUAUACUUCAGCGGCAGUUAAAAGCCGAGCGGUAUACAAAGAACCAGAAGAUACUGGAGAUUUUGACUGAAGGCUUGCAGGUCGCUGCAAGGUUCGAUGAUUCGGUUGCUGUGGGAUUCAGGAAAUACUUUGAGGUGAAGAUGAAGGCUUGCCUGGUAAAGAUGCAUGCCGCAACUGUCACGGAAAAGUGCGGUAAGGGUCGCGACGAUGUCAACAGAUUUGCGGAAAACUUGCGAUAUUUACGAACUGCGCUGCCAAGUUCAAUCAACAAGAGCUUUUUGUUAUGGCUGGUCGAAGCAACACGCCACACAGCUAUCUCAUCGUUCAUUCCAGGUGAUGUUGCCGAGACGCGUCAAUUAGUUGACUUUGGCCAGGAAUUUCUAGACCGAGUGUCCGUACAUGAACCGGUAUCUACAGACUUUCGUCUGCACCACCUAGUCAUAACUGGUUUCUAUUACUUACGAACGGGGGCGCUUACUAAACUGACACCGUUACUAAAGGAAGCUUACACAUGGGCUAACGGCGCCGAAAACGACGACAGUCAAGAGCGCACAGGAAGUACAAAGCACCCGUUUUUGAAAACAAUUCUGGACUCAUUGCGUGUGAGUGUGGUUGCAUCCUCUGAUCCGAAGGAGGCAUGUGAUCUUGCCAUGAAGACCGCGCUUUCGGCCCAAGAAAAUUUACAGGCGUCGUCUACUCAGCCAGCAGUGCGACUCGUGCUCAUCGCAACGCUAUUCGACAUGCUGUACGUCUACUGCCGCUUGCUGGCCGUACAAUGUCGGUAUGCAGACAUGGGUACAAGCAUCGUGCAGACGACCACACUGUUUACGACGUACAAGGUGGACCUAGAGCGGAGCAUACUUUAUCGUGUUGUUCUUGCACGUUGUCACACGUUGAUUGCAAAGUUUGCCACCGCCAUUGGAAAGGUAAAAAACGCUUGUGCCCACCUAAACUUUGUAGUGGAUAAGGUGCUUCCUGCCCCCGCUGUUGGCAAUGCAUCGUACCCUGACGCAUACUUGGCCGCGUGGGUUGACGUGCUCGAAGUUGCCACACACUGUUGCAAAGUGGAUACUUUGAAGUGCUUGACAUCAAGCAGCGGUGCGUGUAAGGGUGCAAGGAUAGAGCAGAUAUACCCCAGCCGAGUUUUGCUACAAUGGGCCGCUCGUGUUCUCACACUCGACGGAUUACAAUAUCAGAUGCGUCAGUGCUGCAAUGUUGAGCUCCGUGCCAGGCACGACCUUGCACUUGCGAAAUGGAUGUGGGCGACGAAAAGCUCAUCAAACGACAUCGAAGCAGACGAAAGUAACGUUGGUCGCACUGCACGCGAUUCGCUGCACACCAAGCUAGAGACACUUCGUCCGGGGACGUUUACUCUCCUCCACGAUGCGCUUCACCGUGUGAACACAAGUGUGACAUGCUGCGAGACGACCUCCGAGAUCAUGGCAUUGUUCGGACCGCAGCUAGCAGCUCGCGGCGAAGUGGAGCAAGCUGAAAACAUGCUGGAGAACGCCAUCUGCAUCGCCCUGCACGCCAAGAAUGUACUGCUACAGACGCGGCUUCUGGCAGACGUCUUUGAGCUCUACGCAAGCAAAGGACUAACCAAGGCGCAAGCAGCUGCUGCCGCAAAGUACGAGAAGAAGCUGGCAACUUUACAGCGUCGUGUCGCAGCAGCUCAAGCCAACGAGGCCACACUGGUAGCUCUACUGCGAUGGACUGUCGACGGGAGCACUUGA